AUGUCUCUUAAAUUGGAAUCAGAGUUUACCGAUGGCAGCCUUGGGAAGGAAAACAUCAUGUUCAAAUGGCAUCCACAUCGACCUUUGAUUGCCGUGACGGGAAGCAAAGUGAAGAUGUUCAUUUUGGACCGUGUUGGUAAACUCCUCCAUCAGUUCAGCCUCGCGAGUGUUGUGGAUUUUGAGUGGGACCGAUUUAGUGACACCUUAGGUCUGAUUACUAGCCGUACGAGCACGCUACACCUUUACUCCCACGAAACCUCCAAGGUGGAGAUGGUGGAGACGAAAUGCAAGGAUUUAACGCUUAUUCGCUGGUCCAAACGGCUCUCACUGGCGGCCAUCGGCACCCAGAAGGGGACGGUGGUGAUAUUGAACCAAGUGACCAAAAAGCGCCUGCCGGUCUACGGCACACACUCACAGGCCAUUAUCGACGCGGUUUGGACGGAAUUGCACAAUCGUCUGGUCCUGAUCAGCGCCGACAACACGAUGUCCAUCUCCGACUCGGAGGGAAACGUCCUGUCGACUGUGGCCCUGGAGGCCUCGCCGCUCUCGUUAUCCUUGGUGGAGGCGAUCCCGAAUUCGGACUCUAUGCCGAUCUCCGUGGUGGCUUGCAACCUCGGGUCCUCCCUGCACAUGGCAAAUUUGUGCACCGGGGAGGUUUUCGCCGCGAAGUUCGACGAGAGCACCGGCUUCAUCAGCGCCUUGACCAGCACAGGGAGCGCUUUUUUACUGGGCUUCUCCACCGGGCUGGUGGGGCUUGCCGGGCUCGGGCCCAACCAGCUUACCAUGACGAGCAGUUCCACCAUGUCUAAAAACCCUGUUAGUGGGAUUGCGUUUGGCAAGGGUAAUGGGUUUGCCGCGGUCUCCUGUGAUGGGAGUCUGCGCUUUAUUAGCGUCGCGGGCAAAGACAUUGGGGAGGAGAAGAAAUUUGAUAUCGCAAUGCCAACCGAGGCUAGUUCUUUUGCAAAGGCUGACUGGAGCUCCGAUGGACAGUCGAUCGUGAUUGUGAAGGGUAAUGGAAACUUUUACAUUUACAGUAUUAAUGUGCGCGACAUCAGCACGUCAUGGGCAAAACUCUUAUUUUACCUCACAUCGUCGCGCGUAGUAGGUGUGAGGGACAUCCAUGGGGACAAUAUCCUGUGCACAAUGAUGAUUGAUAUUGAACCUCAACGCAUGGCCGCCGGAAUGGGGUCUUUUGCUGUGUAUGCCGACAAUGAGGCCCACUACUACGAUUACCACGUGCCGCAGACGGCGAUGUUGGAGCCACCAGAUCCCAGCAAAGGCCUCCCAGCAAGGCGGGACCGGUUAAAGCCCGAUGUACCCGAUGCCAAAUUUAUUCGCACCGUCGAGUAUCCAGUCAAAAUUACCGAUUUGAAGGUGAACUCCACGUUUGCCGCGGUGCUCUAUGAUGGCCACGUCCGUUUACACGUUAUUCGUGAUCCGAAUGGCUCCAUGAUGACGCUCCCACCCGAUUCCGAACACAAAAUUUUGACCAUCGGCCUUUCGGAGGCGCUCUUUGUUUGUGCGACGAGUGUGAAGGUCUACAUUGUGGCGUUGCCCAAAAUGCAGAUCGUGGCCGAGUAUGAGCCUCGCUCCGGCCUCAAGCAGGGGUUUCUCAAUCCUUCCUGCACGAGGAUGGUGUACAUUGACGAUAACAAUGACUUGUUGUUGUUAAAUCUCGUCACGGAGGUUGCCUUUACCGUUCGCGGGUAUGACAAGCGAUUCAAAUCCAUCUUGUGGGACUGGGCCGAUCCAACGGUUUUUGCAGCCUACAACCACGAAAAGUUUAUGACGUUUGUCUACAGUCCUCACAGCACGCACGGGCCGACUUGUGAAUCGAUCACCGAACGACACAAAAAGGACGAACCGCUUACUUCACCCAUCCCCACCAAUUGCGUGCCGAUUAGUCUAUUUAGCGGCGUGGUGGCUUAUCAAUCCAAAACUGGAAUACUCAGCAGGUUGGAGCUCCAGACCCACCACGAGAUUAAUGCCCGUGGUCCCAAUACCACCGCCUUCUACAACAACUUCUCGCUAAACCGCCUUCGCUGGUGUUCGCAGAAUAUUUCGAUGCUCAAAGAAGCCGACGAACUCGUGCUCCGGGCUUUACACUUUCUCGAUGUCGAGCUCGCGAUACGCAUCUACCGCCAGCUCUCGCAGCCGAGUUUAGUGCUGUACCUUGAGAAGAUAAAACACAUCCAGGAGAAGAACCUUCUGAUAGGGCAUAUUUCCAUGAUUAUGGGGUCCUUUGAUGACGCGCAGAAGUCCUUUUUGCACUCCUCGCAGCCCCUGCGGGCGCUAGAAAUGCGGCGGGAUUUGAUGCACUGGGAGCAGGCGCUGGGGCUGGCGAAGGAGCUCGCCCCGGGUGAGAUUCCCGUCAUCUCGAAGGAGUACGCCCAACAGCUGGAGUACCGCGGGGAAUAUAUGAAGGCGCUUCAGAUGUUCACCAAUGGUCAUCGAAGCGCGCCGACCGGACAUGCGAGCACGGAGCUCUUCGCGGCCCAAGAGGAGGUGCGGAAACAUAAUACAGAAUGUCUAAAAGGGGUGGCGCGGUGUAAUUUGCGUACCGGGCGGCUAAACGAAGGCAUGCCGAUUGCGCUGGAUAUCGAUGAUAAGGCCUUUGCCUACGAGUGCGCGAAGCUCUGCGAGGAGAAUAAACGCUUUGAGGCGGCCGCAAGGCUCUACGAGCGGGCUGGCGAGAUCGAGCAAGCGGCGAUGCUUUAUAUUGAAAAGUGCAAUAACCUCAAGGCGGCAGGGCAGCUUCUGCCCCAGAUCAAGUCUCGAAGCAUCAUAGGCCGCUAUGCCAAUGGGAAGGAGAUGGAAGGCUCCUUUAACGAGGCCGAGCAAGCGUACACGCAAGCUGAGGAUUGGGAUAACGUGGUGCGCAUCAAAGUCCAAAAGCUCAACGAUUUGCAGGGGGCCUAUGUAAUCGUUCGACGAACACGAUCCACCAACGCCGCGGCGCUGGUGGCGCGAAUGUGCCAAAGCCGAAACGAGUUUGCCUCCGCCGUCGAGUUUUUAGUCGUCGCGAAGUGCACCAAAGAGGCCUUUGAACUUUCUAAACAGCAUAAUUGCUUAAGCAAUUACGAAAAUGCCUUACUCAAUCAAGUGGUCCUCAAGGAUGGGGUCGCGCCCGUGGCGAAGCAAGAUGAAUUUAACAUUCUGGCCACUUACUAUGAUGAGAUCCGGAAACCUGGACAGGCGGCUGUUUUUUAUCGUUUGGCUGGCAAUUCGACGCUAGCGUUGAAGAAGUAUAUCGAGUCUGGACAGCCGGAGGACAUCGAGAAAGCGAUCGAGGUCGUGGGCAAGGCGCAUAGCGAUGGCUUGACCAGCAAGCUCAUCGACUUCCUGAUGGGCGACACCGAUGGCCAGCCCAAGGACCCGUCCUAUAUCUUUCGGCUUUACAUGGCGCUAGGCAGCUACGAGAAGGCCUCCAAGACCUGCGUUAUUAUCGCCGCACGGGAACAGGAGAUGGGGAAUUACAAAGCCGCGCACAAGACCCUUAUUGAGGCCUGCCGCAUCCUGCGUGAAAAAAGCAUCCGCGUCCCGAGCGAUCUACGGCGUUCGUUGAUGAUUCUUCACUCCUAUAUUAUUGUCAAGGAUCUCAUUACCGUCAUGCACGACGAGACAACGGCAAGCCGGAUGCUGCUGCGGGUCGCGCACAACAUUCAGAAGUUCGAGAGCCACGCCGCGACGAUUAUUUCCUCCACCGUCCUACAGUGCGAGAAGUCGGGCUUUGCGCAUUCCGCUUUCCAGCUGUCUUGCCUGCUCAUCCAGAACGAGGAGUAUCGCACGCAGCUGUCCGAGAAGAAUCGACGAAAAAUCGAGAGUAUUGUACGCCGGGGCGGAAAGGAGGCGGCGGUGGACCCGGUGGAGAGCACUAAACCCUGCCCUUUUUGCGAUCAGCCGGUGCCGGAGAGCGAGCUGGACUGCGGGGCGUGCCGAAACACCCUACCCUUCUGCAUCGUCACCGGCAAACACAUCGUGAAGGGCGAUUUCACCACCUCGCCAUGCUGUGGAUUUCCCGCCAUUUACUCCGCGUUGGUUAAACGGCUGUGCGAAAAAUCCAUUUGCCCGAUGUGUGAAUCCGCGCUGGACGUUAAUAAAGUUCAAGCACAGAGUAAAACGAACCUGGAGGUGUUUUAA